GAUAAUUGAGUUGAAUUUGCGAAGUAAAGAAGAAUAUCCUUCCAACCUGAAUCGAGCGUUGCGCACAAGGAAGCAGCCAAAGCCAAAGCCAAAGCAAUGGGCAGUUUCCUCUCUUCCUUGGUCGGCGGCGACGCCAGUGCCAAUGCGUCGUCGACGUCGUCGUCGUCGUCGCCUUCUCGGGUCUUAACGUUCCACUCGGAGGCGCGCUGGCAGCUCCACUUCAACGAACUCAAAGACUCGCCGAAGCUUGUUGUGAUAGAUUUCUCGGCGUCGUGGUGCGGCCCUUGCAAGUUCAUAGAGCCAGCGAUUCACGCCAUGGCCGACACGUUCACCGAAGUUGAAUUCAUCAAGAUCGACGUCGACGAAUUAUCUGGUGUGGCGCAGGAGUUUGGGGUGCAGGCGAUGCCUACGUUUGUGUUGACGAAGAGAGGAAAGGAAAUUGAUAGGGUUGUUGGCGCCAAGAAGGACGAGCUUGAAAAGAAGAUUGAGAAACAUCGAGCUUAGCUAUGUCAUAUGUGUGAUGUGUCAAUAAAAAGUUGAGUAUAAAUGGUUACAUUUGUGAUGAUGAUGAUGGUGAACUUAUAAAAUUUAAACUUAUUGUGUGUUGC